CAACUUUUUCAGCACUAUAUUCACGUGACGGGACAAGCUGCCACAGGUUUGCGCCACAACAACAGAAGAGCAGCGAGCGUUACGAGCAGAUCGCUCGUGUGUCACAAACGUUGCACACGCACAGAAACCGAAGUGCAUCCGCGAUGAAUUUUCCGUCAAGCCGCGAACGCCUAGACAUGAACGUAAAGGACAAAGAAAAUGGGGAUGAGCCCUCAGAUCGCAGCAGAAAGAAGGGUUGGUACGUGGAGCAGAAGACGGUGAUUAUAGUCAUUAUAGUGUUCCUACUAGCACUGAUUAUCGUCGGUAUUUUAGUUGGAUACUUAUCUCCCUCCGAGUGUGCGGAAACAGAAAAUGACGAAAACAUAAAAAGUUCGAAACUCAAGAAAAAAACGUACCCUUACGUUCUUCUACCUAGCAGUGUUGUUCCCAUACACUAUCAGGUAGAGUUGCAACCCUUCCUUAUCCCGGACAACUUUACUUUUGAUGGAUCGGUUCGAAUCACAGUGUUAUGUACACAGCCCACAGACAACAUCACGGUGCACAUCAAUGAUUUAACAAUAGAUCAUAACACCAUAGAACUCCGUCGAGCUAAAGGUGGCGCGAGUCCAAAGAUAAAGAAAGUCAGCCAUGACGAAGAACGAGAGUUUCUUAUCCUUCACCUGGACAACAGUCUCAAAGCUCAAGAACAGCAUGAAGUAGCCAUGAAAUUCACGGGAAAUCUGAACGACAAACUGGUGGGGUUUUACAGAAGUUCAUAUCGUGACAGCUCUGGAAAAACAAGGUCUGGAAACUAAU